CCCUAAUACUAAAAUAUGGAGCCUGUGGUCCAGGCACUAAUAUCUGUAUUCAGGUUUCCAUUUUCUGUCAAUAAUCCUGAGUGCUCACUGCAAUAUCAGUUUUUGUUUGAAGUCUGUUCUAUUUUACUCUGGCCUGUGUUUGCAAAUGACAAAUCUAAGAUCUCUGUGGAGCAAGACAGGUAAUUAAUCAUUAAAGUGUGGAUACCCAGCUGAGACAUCUUAUGAUCUUAGUUGAACUUUCCAGUCAGCGUCAGCUGGGGGACUUAAAGAAAUGCUGCCAGAUUAAAAAAAAACUGAUUUAAUUCUGGAGAUAUCAUUAGCUCAGAUAACACAGAGUUGUAAAAACUAGAAAUAUCAAAUAUUAAUUUAUUAGAAUUGUGCAUUUAGCUCCCAUGAAUGGUCAUUUUUACCAUUUCUUCUGUGAGUUUAGCCAGUUUCCCUUACUGGAAGAUGUUCCUUGUAAAUACAGCAAAAUGCAUUCCUGGGGAUAAAGAAAAGCUCACAUCCCAAGAGAUGCUGAUAAUUUUUAAUUAAAAUCAGUGCAAAGCAACAGUAAGAUAAUGUAUGUAGUUGUGUAGGGGAUAUGAAUAACAGUUGUGAAUAACAGUUGCAAAUAAUGUAUGUUCAAUUUAGCUGUAGUUACGCAAAUGAAAAACAGAAAAUUGGAAAACAGUAAAGGUAAAAAAGAGUUCAUAAAUAAAAAAAUUAGUUGGAACUUUCCAGGGUUGUAGUUCAGAAACAAAACUUAGUAACAAAGAUGCCAGCUCAUGUAUUUGGUGCUUUUUAUAGAACAGUUGUUAUUAUCUCUCCAUGUGUUUACUGCCUAUUAAAAAGAUCCAUAUAAUUCGGUGAGUAAUACCUAAUUGCCUUAUAUGGAGUAAGUUUUAUGUUAGGUAAUAAAAGAAGGAUCCUGUGGGGAGGCAGAAAUCCUCUGCCAUUGCCCCAGUGCUCUCCUCAUCCCAGCUGGUCUCUGCAGAGUGUUCAUUUAGUAGAUGCUUUUUCAUAGAAUUUCAGGCUUUAAUUGAUUCCCCACGAUGUUUGCAAAAGCAACGAAGAAUUUUGUGAGAGAAACUGACAGUGGAGGUGACUUGAUCCCUGUCUCCCACCUGAAUGCCUCAGACAAGCUGCAGCUUUUGAGCUUAGUUACGAAGAGGAGGAAAUUCUGGUGCUGGCAGAAGCCCAAGUAUCAUUUCUUGACAGUCACCCUGAGUGAUGUGCUUACUGAAGACAAACCAAUAAAACCAGUGAUUGUGGAGUCUGACUUUGCAAAAUACAUGGGGAAGUUUGAAGAUUUCCUUCAAGGAAGUAUUGAAACAUCGUUUGUGAAGAUCAGCCUGGGAGCUGGAGGGAAGGGCUAUGUGGAAAACCAGUCCUCAUUUGGAAACCUGAGGAAGCAGGAGAUUGACUUGCAGCAGCUUAUGAAAGAUGUCAAAGACAGAACAAUAGAUCUAAACAGUAGUUUACUGCAACAAGUAAUAGAAAGAAAACGUGAAGUGCUGUGCAUCUUGAGAGAAAAGAUAAUCACAACUCAGAAGUGUACAAUAUCCGAACAUAUCCAGACAGAAGAAAAAGUCAGGGGUGUGAUGGGAUGCACUGCAAAAACAAUAAAGGUUUCAGUAAGUGAAAAUGGAAGUUUGAUGAAGGAUUCUAGUGUGAUCCUUGAAAUUCCUCCUGCAACUGCUAUUGCCUACGGUGUAAUUGAACUGUUUAUAAGGCACAAUGGCCAGUUUGAAUUCUGUCUGCUAGAUGAACAGCAGGGAGGUUUUGAAAAAGAAAGCACAGAAGGCUCAACUUAUCCCCAUUCAGUUCAAUUCAGAGAUGCUUCGUUCCUCUAUCAGCCAGAUGCUGUUGAUAAUGAGAUGUACUCUGGGGCUAAAAACCUCGUUCCCAGUGAUGCUUCUAUAAGUAUAUUGAAACAAGAUCUGUCACGGUUGAAGACCCAGUUUCAGCCCUUUGUGAAGCUUCCGGAAGACAAGCAAAGAGCUUUAUAUAAAACCCUUUGUGAGCUCCUGCUCCAUGAAGAAAUGGUGACUGCCCUGGGGGACAUGUUCGAUGAUAUCUGCACAGGAGACAAGCCAGAUCUGGAGGAGUUAAAACUUGAACAACAAGGAGACCUCCUUCGUUUCUUGCAGCUCUUAGGGUGCAGUUUACAGAGUGAGCUGUUGUUGCAGAAAUACCAGCCUCAGGAUGAAGAACUUUUCUCAGCUGCUCACCUUCUUAUCAGUGCUAUGUCUGAGCUGCCUGAUGACACUCUGGUCCUGCUGCGUGCCUGUUGUGAUCUUCAGGUUGUUCCGGCGUUGUGCUGUUUGCCUAACAUCGCUUCAGCCGAUGGCACUGUGGCACUGAGCAGUCCUUUGGUGGCCACUCUCGCUGACAGAGGAAGAUUUGAGGUCGUGCAAAGGCUGUUUGCUUCAUCAAACAUUAACCUGGAAAUGACAGAGUCUUCUGUAAAAGCUGUAACUAUGAAAGAACCGAGAUUCUUCCCACUUGUUCUUUAUGUUGCACUGUAUGGAUUUCAUGCUUUAGGUGGGAAUGUGUAGGAGCUGUACUGAGUAUCCUGUUUUUGCUCUAGCCCGUUGUUUCUUCCGUAGCUCUGUAGUGUUGGUGUGUUUGGGAUCAGCAGUAGAGCUGCUGCAUUGGUACUUCAGGCAGCACAGGCAGGAAUUAGGGCCAUCAGGGGACUCUGCAGUUUCAGUGGAAAAUACCUAUUUAAGGGAUAAAGGGGAGAAAUUAAAAGAGAACCAUGGAAGAGAAAUGGAAUAUAGCUGCUGUGGUAGGUGUCAGAUCUGCAGGGCAGUGGAAGCUGGAUUGCUUGCAUUAAUAUGCACGGGAGAAAACAGCAAAGUACAAACUGCUUUUUGUAAGCAAGCAAACAACCAGGCCCUGGAAACCCAGGGUUCUGCAAUGCAGCAACUGUUUUGCUCCUUUGAGACUGAGUGUGCAGAAUGCCUUCACUCUGGAGCAAGUGCAAUGGAGGGCUCUUAGAAAGGUACUUGAUUAGAUUCUCUUAUUAAUUAUUGUUUAGCUUUACGGAUGUGAACUGCACACUGUGGGAAAUAACAAAGCCUCUUUUUCAAAAAUCAAGACCACUUUUGGGAUUUAUACCUCUGUACAGCAUUUCUGUUUUCUGGUAUGUUUUUACUCACCUUUGCAAGUUUCAGCUGUUUAAACUGCAUUCUGAACUUUGAGGUAUGGCAAUGCCUUUUGAUGUGUGCACAUGAAGGGUCCCUGCUGCACACCACAAAAACGAUAAUUUUACCCCAUAUGACAUUUUCAGUGUAGAUAUUUUGCUUGUUUCUUUGACUAACAGCAAAGUAUUAGUAAAGCACUGUGUGCUUGAACUAUUUUGCCUGCUUUUUCAUCAUAAUUUUUUUUGUAAUUGUGGAUUGAACAGAAAUGCAGCAGAGAUCACUGUAAAUGUGGGCUUGGGAAGAUGAUGUUCCAGGUAGGUGGAACAUCAUCAGUGCUUGCAGAUGAGGUUGUGAGAUGGCUGACAGACAAGCAAGCAGGCACCUGUGUGGGGGUGAUCAGUAACCAGGCCCUGCAGCGUAGCUGGUGGGUAGGAGUUCUGCUCAGUUUCCUGCUCUAUUCCCACAUGGCCUUGAGCAGAUCGUCUAAGAAGCCUUUAAAAAGUCGCAUCAGUUCAGCAUUCCCUGAGGACAUGGGCUUUGCAGGAAAGCCCCACGGUGCCUUUCAUUCCCUGAGAGCUCAGGGUAGCUCUGCACGCUGGGCUGUGGGCGUUGCUGCAUCUCAUCUGUUAAGUGAAGCUGAUGGUGUUGCCUGAACUUUGUGCUGGUGUAGAAGGAGAGAUCCUUCAGGAGGAUGGAAGCACAUAACUCUGCUUCUGGGAGGGGUGUGUGUUUUUAAGUGGGAAAGUCUUCUUUGCCCAUCGCUACUCAAAAGUUGCCUCUGUAAUGAGCUUACUAAAACUUUCUAUUAAAUGCUAUGUCAAAACAAUAGAAUAACUUA